AUAUGGCCCAUCUUCCAUGAUGGAAUACCGCAGAAAUUUGGAGAUAGCCUUCAACAAGUUGGAUGCUGACCUCCCACCUUCCUGUUUGGUCAUCUGGAACAUGACGAUGCCUCUAGGCCCCAGGAUCAAAGGUGGCUUCCUUAUACCAGAGCUGCAGCACCUGAGCCAGACUCUCCGGCAGGACAUCAUCGAAGGCAACUUCUACGGGGCCACCCUGGCCGACCUCCAUCUCUUUGACGUGGUGGACCUCCACUUCCACUUCCGCUUCGACCUGGGGAACCGCGUCAAGGAUGGCAUCCACUGGAACAACGUGGUGCAUCGCCGGAUCACCAACCUUCUCCUGACCCAUCUGGCCGAAGCCUGGGGGGUGGCAAUCCCAGAGAAGAAUCGCUGGGGGG